UAUUUGCAAAUAAACUACGUGACCAUUUCUUUGUUUCUCUUAUACUACACAAAGGACCACUGAAUCUAAGGAGCAGAAACCGAACCAAACUGAAUCUAGUACUGUUAGUUCAAGCAGCAUGACACAUUUUUGUGUGAAGCAUCCAAAAAUGUUGCUUUUUAAAGAUAACCAACAACAAAAUGAAAGUAGUGGCAACCCCUUUGACUUGAUGAGUGACCAAAAUUCAUGUACAUUUAUUGCCUCUCUUCUUUCUUUAUAAGUCUUCACUGCAAAAUCUUUCACAGCUUCUAUUUCUUCCAUGUGAGCUUCAAACUCCUCAAUAGACAAAGAUCAUAAAUUCCUUCUUCCAUGGAGUCUCAGAAGCUAAUUAUACAUUUCAUUCUUCUCCUUUUGAUCCCUUGUUCUUCCUCUUUCAUUCCCAUAGAUAACUACCUUCUCAACUGUGGGUCACAGAACAAUGUUUCUCUCUUCAACCGCAUCUUCAUGAGUGAUUCCACCAACCAAGGCUUAACCUUUCUCUCUGCUGACAAAUCCAUUUCCCUCACCAACCAAAACCCUCAUCCAGAUUUGCCUACUUUGUACCACACUGCAAGAGUUUUCCGCAGCACAGGAAGCUACAGGUUCAACCUGAUGAAGAAUGGUACCCACUUUGUUCGUUUUCAUUUCUCACCCUUUAAGGCUCAAAGGUUUGAUCUAAAAUCUGCCAUCUUCAGUGUCUUGGUUGAUGGCAAUUUGUUGCUGAGAAAUUUCAAGCCAGAUUAUGGAGCUAAGUUGGUUGGCCCUUUUGGUGUGAUGGAGUACAAGAACCUUUCAUCUAAGGUUUUGGAAACUAUCCAUAGAAUCAAUGUUGGGGGUGCGAAAGUAACUCCUUUUAAUGACUCCCUUUGGAGGACUUGGAUUCCUGAUGAGGAAUUUCUUGUUUUUAAGGAUGCUGCUAAGCCUGUGGUGAGCUCUCACACACCAAAUUACCAGAAGGGAGGUGCGAGUCGAGAGAUCGCACCUGAUAAUGUUUAUAUGACUGCUCAGGAAAUGAACAAGGAUCACUCCAUUAUAGCUUCACAAUUCAACAUAACCUGGGAUUUUCCAGUGGCUCCGGGUGGUGUUCGACACUUGGUUCGGUUGCAUUUCUGUGAUAUUGUUAGUACUGCCCUUAAUUUGCUCUACUUUGAUGUGUACAUCAAUGGAUAUUCUGCAUACAAGGAUCUUGAUUUGUCAUCUUUUGCAUUCCAUGUGCUUGCAUUUCCAGUCUACGUGGAUUUUGUGGCAGAUUCUGAUGAUUCGGGUGUUAUUCGAGUAAGUGUUGGCCCUUCUGCACUGAGCAAUUCUAUGAGGAUAAAUGCCAUAUUGAAUGGAGCAGAGAUAAUGAAAGUGGUCAAUGUUGUGGACUCGCAUGUUGCUCAUAGGAAGAAGAGGUUGUGGGUGGUGUUGGUGUGUUCAAUUGUUGGAGGAAUUGUUGUUUUGCUUUUAGUUAUAGCUGCUUUUCUACUUGCUCUCAAAUGUAGGAAGAAGAAGAAGAAGAAAUCAAAACCAAGGGCAGUGGAAAGUGUAGGAUGGACGCCUUUGCGAGUUUUUGGAGGGAGUUCACUUAGUAGAUUAUCUGAGAAGACAGCUUUGAACUCUCCUGGCUCUUAUGGCUAUUGUGGCUUGAGAAUCCCUUUUGCUGAUAUACAAUCAGCCACAAAUAAUUUUGAUAGAAGUCUAAUUAUAGGUACUGGAGGGUUUGGUAUAGUUUACAGAGGGGUGCUCAAAGACAAUGUGAAGGUUGCAGUCAAGAGAGGCAUGCCUGGAUCCAGACAAGGCCUUCCAGAAUUCCAGACUGAGAUAACAAUCUUGUCCAAAAUUCGCCAUCGCCAUCUUGUUUCGCUAGUUGGAUAUUGCGAAGAAAAUUCAGAAAUGAUACUUGUCUAUGAGUAUGUGGAGAAAGGUCCACUCAAGAAGCAUCUAUAUGGCUCAGCAAGACAUGAGCCUUUGUCUUGGAAGCAGCGUCUCGAGAUAUGCAUUGGUGCUGCUAGAGGUCUCCACUAUCUGCACACCGGUUUCGCGCAAGGAAUCAUCCACCGUGACAUCAAAUCUACUAAUAUUUUGCUUGACGAGAACUAUGUGGCCAAGGUUGCUGAUUUUGGUCUUUCAAGAUCUGGACCUUGCAUCAAUGAAACACAUGUGAGUACUGGGGUGAAAGGUAGUUUUGGUUAUCUUGAUCCUGAGUAUUUCCGAAGGCAGCAGCUUACAGAUAAGUCAGAUGUUUACUCAUUUGGGGUUGUGCUUUUUGAGGUUCUUUGUGCAAGACCUGCUGUUGAUCCACAACUUGAUAGGGAGCAGGUAAACUUAGCUGAAUGGGCGCUCGAGUGGCAGAAAAAGGGCAUGCUGGAGCAUAUUAUUGAUCCUUGUCUUGUUGGGAAGAUAAAGCAAAGCUCAUUGAAUAAAUUUGGUGAAACAGCAGAGAAAUGUUUGGCUGAAUAUGGUGUUGAUAGGCCAACUAUAGGUUCUGUAUUGUGGAAUUUGGAAUAUGCACUUCAGCUCCAAGAAAGUGAACAAGAAGGAGAGUCAUAUGAUGAUAGUGGUGCUCUGGAAACAGUGAAUAUGACAACUACAAUAAUUCCUGAGAGUCCUUCUAGCAACAUAAGAAGAGAGGGAGAUAAUGAUAAUGGUUAUUCAGACAUGAGUGCUACCGAAGUUUUUUCUCAACUAAUGAACACAGAAGGAAGAUAGAGAUAGAACCAUCCUGCAAAUAGAGGCAACUCUUGCUGACGUAUAAAAAGGUUUACAUGGAAAUAAUGGUUUCAAGCUGCACCUGUGCUUUCAUAACUAUUUUCUUUAUAGUUUUUCUUUUGUUAAAAAAAAUUGCACAAAACCAAUAUUAACAUUUACACAUUGAAGGGAGUGAUAGGCAAGGCUAGUUUAUAGUUUCUUACGGAUGUUUGGAUAAUCUUUAUUUUCAUGAUGUCUGACAUUGUAGAGAUGCAAAGUAUCUACCAUAGUAUAAUCUU